AAAUUCUAAUUUCUAACCUCAAAUAACUAUGAUCCAAGAACCGGAAACCUUGCUCUGAGACUAUGACUAUACCAAGUACGAAAAAAGAAAUAUAAAAUGUUACGGCAAUUACGUUCAUUCGUUAACUAUUUCCUCGGCGGUAGUACCGUAGAAGAAGAAGACUCGGCCGAUACUUACGACAAAAUUUGUAAGAUAUUGGAGUCCAACGAUGAACCUUCAAAUGAACCAGCAGCAGCAGUUGAAGAGGAGAUCAGUCAAUACAGUUGCUUCGAAAAGACGGGCAAGAUUACUUCGGCCGAUGGGAAUUCAUACACCGUAGACGAAACCUAUCACUUUACGAGCGAUUCCCAAACUUUCAAAAUUGGCGCUACCGUUUUCUUCACGUGCUACAAAUCCGAAAGCGGGCUAAGAGUUUGCGAUGUAGCGCUCCACGAUGAAUGGUCCGGCGAAGCGAUUACCGGAGAACGUUCCUGGUGCAGAAGAACGCUUCCUCGUAAAGUGUCAAAGCGCGAAGGUCGACAGAUAUUUCUAGUGCCGGAUAAUAUCAAUUUUGACUUAAACGAGGUAUGCAUCGAAUUCGUUCCCAUGGCGGGUGACUGGGUGGAAUUGCACGUGAAAGUCGAGAUCGACGAAACCGUAUCGAAUUUGUGCGGCAAGAUUUUGGAAAUCGAACAGGUGCGUCCUCUCGGAUCUUAUUUGUCCGAAGGUCAGAUUAAACGGUGGAAUAGUGAGAGACAGGAAGGUGUAAUCAAUAAGACGAUCUUUUUUAAUAGCGAAGCUUUAAUGUGUGGUUACGUUCCGUUUGUCGGUGACAAGAUUACCGCGGAAAUUAUGGAGAGUGAGCAGGGGGAUUACAGUAAGCGCGCGUUGAAGAUUGUACCGCAAGAUUUAGCCGAUAAUAAGGUGGGAUUGGGUCGUGACAUUUUACCAAAGUUUGACGUUCGCAGUGAUAAAGUUUUGGCACCGAAUGACAUUGUUAUUAAGAGUACGAAGUUGGGCGUGAAAGAGAAAUUUCAAUUGCCCUUAAAGAAUAAAACUUUGAACGAUUUGGUUAUACUGAACGUAUCGUAUCCGUCUUCGAAUUCGCAAUGUGUCUUGGUAAAACCAGAGGAUUUGACGAAUAUUACGAUGCAAAGGUCCAAAACUGUAGUGUUUGAAGGCGUCUGUAAAACGAAGUAUGUAGGUGUCUCGAAGGAGCUUAUUUUAUUUACGUUUUCCAACUUUAAAAUUGGUUGUUGGGUGACUGUUAAUGUUGAGUUGAAUACUUACACUGAACAAGCGAUGGUGUAUAGAUUUCCUUCUACUGCAUGUGCACAGUUUGGACAGGGACCUUUAAUUAAAGGUCGAAGAAGUACACCUGCAGCUCGUUUUAUCGUUAGACAACUACACCACUACCCGGUUCCACAGCGGUUAAUUGAAAUCGUAUCAACAACCGAGAAGAAAGAAGCAAUGCGAGCCGUUCGCGCUGUUAAGCAAUGCUUAACUUCCACACUUCAAUUUAGUACCUACGAAGAUUAUUUUCAUACAUUGCUGCAUUUGGACGAAAUUUUCCAAUUGGAAUCCGUCAAACAGUACGCUCAGGACUACGUCUGUUUUAUAAAGAAUGGGGAAUAUCUCAUGCUCCCGAUUGAAAAUUUGGCGGAACGACGACCUUCGCUGAUAGUCGGCGAUAGAAUUGUGGCGAAAGAUGCGUACGCUUUGGACGCGCAAGAAUAUGAGGGUUUCAUACACAAAACGGACGCGAAACACGUUUAUGUCAAAUUUGCGGACUCCUUCCAUAGGAACUAUGACAAAGAGGAGAUGUCUGUGAUGGUUCUACUUUCGAGAACGAUAUACAAGCGAAUGCAUCACGCCAUCUCAAUGGCUGCGCGAGAUUUGAGAUCGGCGUUUCUAUUUCCAUCGAAGUUAACAGCGAAAGAUCCACAAGUUAUGGUCACCGUGGACGAUGAUAAAAAUUUGUGGAUCACUAACGAAGAGAGCAAGGAUAAGCCGAACAAAACGCGGUUGAAAUGGCACAAUCAAAGCCUAAACCAUUAUCAGAAAGAAGCCGUUCGUAACAUUCUGUUAGGAGUCGCGCGCCCUCUGCCUUACCUAAUCUACGGGCCUCCUGGCACCGGAAAAACGGUUACUUUAGUUGAAACCGUCCUACAAAUUCUACGAUUCAUUCCGCAAUCGCGAAUAAUCGUAGCUACACCAUCCAAUAGUGCCGCUAAUCUUAUAGCACUUCGUCUGAUAGAUUCCGGCGUAUUAAAACCGGGGGAUUUAACUCGAUUGGUUGGUUACCAUUACGCCACCGAAAACUUGCUGCCUGUUGAACUGGUGCCGUAUUCUGCGCAUGUCGAUAUUGCCAAGGAGGGUACGCGCGAAAAUCAUCGAGGAUACAAUCUGUCGGUCAUCGGAAAACAUCGAAUAAUUAUCGGCACCUGCUCCACUUUGGGUUGUUUGUAUUCUAUCGGUAUCACGAAGGGACAGUUCACGCAUGUUGUUGUCGAUGAGGCCGGCCAGUGCACGGAGCCGGAAAUUAUGAUACCGUUAUCGCUUUUGGAUUUAUCCGGGCAAGUCAUUUUAGCAGGAGAUCCCUGCCAACUGGGCCCUGUUAUCCUAUCAAACUUGGCAUCCGAAGGCGGUUUGACCCACACGUUCCUCGAUCGCAUGCUGACCACAUUUCCAUACAUCAGAGAUGCGGAGGGCUUUCAGGACACCGACGGCUACGAUCCUCGACUUGUCACCAAGCUAAUUUACAACUAUCGCUCCCUACCGACCAUACUAAACAUGUUCAAUCAGUUGUUUUACAUGGGACAGUUACAGCCUACAAUUUCCGAAGUGGACAGCAAAGAGGCGAAGUUACUGGAAAGCUUAAAAGAAAUGUUGCCUGAAUCUACCGAUUCUAAGGUACCGGCGGUGAUAUUUCACGGUGUGACUGGUGAUAAUACACAAUCGACGGACUGCCCAUCUUGGUUUAAUCCAAACGAAGCUAGUCAAAUAUUCUUUUAUGUUCACGAGUUGUACCGCUUAGGGUUGAAAAGUACAGACAUUGGAAUCAUAUCACCCUAUAUAAAACAGGUCAGAAUAAUCCGCAGCCUGCUGAUGGAGGCCGAAUUUGACGUGCCCAAAGUAGGAACCGUCGAAGAUUUCCAGGGCCACGAGUGCAACGUAAUCCUACUGAGUACCGUAAGAUCGUCCACAAACCUUUUGGGGCACGAUCAACAAUACCGGCUAGGUUUUCUCGCUAAUCCGAAACGAUUAAACGUCGCGAUAAGUAGGGCGCAAGUUUUGCUAAUUAUCGUCGGAAAUCCGCACUUGUUAGGUAAGGAUCCUCAUUGGCGCGGCGUUAUAAAGUAUUGUAUUGAAAAUGGUGCUUACUGUGGCUGUGAAUUGCCGAAAAUUUGAAUAUUUUUAUGUUAAAAGUGACGUGUAUUUUUGUGUAUUCUAUUGUUUUGAUUCUUUAUGCAUAAGACUUACUAUUUUCAUAUUAACAUGUGAAAUUUUUUUUCUUUUUGA